AUGUUCAAAUCAAUCAUCCUAAUCGCCCUCCUCGCCACCACCACUCUCGCCCGCACCGACCUCUCCGGCUGCACCAGCAGCAUCGCGGGCGCCAGCAUUAUCUGGUACGUGCCUGGCACCGGCGAGCUGUGCCAGUUCCUCGAUUGUGGAGGAGGUAGAGCUCCGCCCAAGACGGAUGUGCCGGGAUGCCCAUUGUAUACGGGCACAGCGACCUAUUCGCCGUCGUAUUUGCCGGUGACGACGACUGGUACUGAUACUGGUACUGAUAUUUGGGCGGAGGCGUCGGUGACGGGGUCGGCGACUCGUCAGGAGUUGUUUACAUCUAUUCCUACAACUGAAAGUUCGGGUUUGAUAACGGCGACCACGGCGACCACGGCGAUCACGGCGGCGCAGAGAUCGUCUGUAGUCAGUUCUGCUACAUCGGUAUCUUCGUCAACUUCUGUGUCAGUUUCUAACUCUGAAACGCCUUUGACGAGUACGAGCACCGGGCCUGUGUCGACUGGCGCUGCGGUGGGUGUGACGAUGAAUGGCGACCUGGGCUUUGCUGUGGCUGUGGCUGGACUAGUUGGUGCUGCUGUGCUAUAG